GUUCUGCCAAAACUUACCUCACAUAUGGGGAACUUUUCCUGAUGGUUUCCUUUCAAUGUGCUGUAACGCCAAAGGACAUCUUUCAAGGUUUUUCAACUGCAGUCAUACUUGCUGAAGAAGUUGGGAUAACACUCUUUAGGACAUUUCUACAGAGCAAGAAUGAAAAUAAGAUGUGGCUGCUACAGACAUAGAUUGAGACACAAGUACUUCCUGUUUCUUCUGUCUCUGGCAGCAGUGUGUUUGCUCAAGCUCAUGUACAUCAAAGUCAAAGUAAGAGAGAACAUCUACUUUGACCCAUUUGGAAUCUCUGAUAGGCUAUCUCCAGUUCACAGCCACACAUAUGAAGUCAACUGCACUGCCAUCUAUGAGCUUGACCCAGUGGAGAUAGGCAAGGCUCUCCAGAUUGAACAAAAAACCAUUGCCGUGGAUGAUGAGACCACCGUGAGUCUGACCUUGGACUGUGUAAUGUUUAUCAAAACGAGACGUUAUGAUAGUGUCCUAGUAUCAGAGGUGGAGCGCAACUUUCCACUGGCUUACUCCCUGGUGGUGCAUAAAGAUGCUCCCAUGGUGGAGCGUAUUCUUCACGCCAUUUAUGCACCUCAAAACAUUUACUGCAUUCACUAUGACCAAAAGUCUUCGCCAACAUUUAUCAGGGCCAUGGAGAACCUUGCUCAGUGUUUGUCUAAUGUGUUUGUUGCUUCACAACUGCAGUCAGUUGAAUAUGCCCAUAUCAGCAGACUUAACGCCGACCUCAACUGCCUCUCUGACCUACUGAGGUCCGAGGUCAAGUGGAAGUAUGUGAUUAAUCUCUGCGGCCAAGACUUUCCUCUCAAGUCCAACUAUCAACUCGUCAGGGAGCUGAGGCAACUGAAUGGGAGAAAUAUGCUUGAGUCUUGCCGCCCAAGUGAAUUGAAGAAACAACGCUUCAGCUUCCAUCAUGAGCUAAAAAAUGUGUCGUAUGAGUACAAACGUAUUCCUAUCAUAACAGAGUUGGCAAAAGAUGUUCCUCCACAUGGAAUUGAGGUGUUUGUUGGAAGUGCGUAUUUUGUCCUGUCAUGGGAGUUUGUGAAAUAUAUAAGCAGCAACAAAGUGGUGAAGGACUUUCUUGCAUGGUCAGCAGACACUUACUCACCAGAUGAACACUUCUGGGCCUCCCUUGUCAGGAUGCCAGGUGUGCCAGGACACAUUUCCAACUCCGAACCAGAUGUUACUGACUUAAAGAGUAAAACACGACUUGUAAAAUGGCAGUACUUAGAAGGGCGCUUUUAUCCUCCUUGCACAGGUAAACACGUUAGAAGUGUUUGCAUCUAUGGAGCUGCAGAACUUCGUUGGCUCCUCAAUGAUGGUCACUGGUUUGCUAACAAAUUUGAUCUCAAAUUUAACCCAAUCUUGAUACAAUGUUUGGAAAUGAAGUUGAUGGAAGUGCAGUCUAAAAGGGAACCCUGACUGUAAUAAAAUACCAAAUGCACCUACUCUGACAGACAUGUGCGGUGCAGUUGUACAAUGGGAAGCUAUCUUUUACUUGGUGUCUUCAAAAAGUUUUAUGUCCCUUGCCCGAAGACAUGGCGACGUAAAAAAGAAUGACAACCUACGUUGAAAUAAAGUUUUUAAUAUUAUAUAUCAAACUGUGAGUUCUUUGCAAAGGUUGUAUUUAUUACAAUUUAAGUCUGUGAAAAAGAAAAAGGGCCCUCACCGUACAAAUGUCAUAAUAGAGGUUACGUCAUUGUACUUCCGCCCAAAGAGUGUGCUGCCAUUUUGGACAUUGCACCUUUGUCAGGCUAUAAAAUGGUAAACAAUUUUUUGCGGUUUUCUACUUCCACUACUCAUUUUCCACAGAAUUCUAUGAGUCGGAAGAACACGAAAUUUAGACGUCCUGGGUUACAUUUGGCCUCACAAAUCGGCAGAAUAAAUACAAAACUACACUUUUACCGGGCCCGGCAGCAAGAAAAGGAGCAAGCUAAAUAACUGGCACAUACUCGAUUGUUGUCGAUAUGGUAUGUGGGAAAUUCGGGUUUUACUGUUAGGUAAUGAAUCGCUACCUUCACAAAAAAAAAAAAAAAAAAAAAAAAAAAAAAAGAACUAUUUCAGACACUCACCUUAUCCUCAGUCUGGGCAAGUCAUAGAUCUCACAUUGUUGCUUCUUCAGCUACCAGUUGUCAUGGGAACUAAAGUAAUACUUUGUGUUGGCCCAGCAGUACAGUACAUUUGCACUGAACGGUGACGACCCACCAAACUUGAUUUGAAACACAGUGCUACAAAUGGAUGUUCAGUGUGAUACUGUAAAUGUUUAAUCUGUUUUAACUGGGAGGGCUUGUUGUAAAUGGAGUGAAAAAACUCUAAUGUUUGUGCAAAAUGUAAAAAAAAAUGUUUGAAGUUGAGAUAAUUUAAAUUUUAAACAUGAAAUAUUCCUGUCAUCUUUCAAAGCAUAGCAUGAAUUUCGGUCAAGUUUUGAUGUGAACCAUAAAGGGAAAAUAACAAGGGUGUAGGUUUGCAUAGGGACGGUAGGGACAUAACACUACCAACUUUUCAGGAUGCUCAAACUGUCCCCACCAACUUUAAGCAACCCUAUUUGCAUUAUGUAAAGAGUUCAGUUAUAUAUAUUUUUUCCCCAUAUGUUGUAAUGAUAGAAUAGACCCUACCAUUAUUAAGUGAAUAAUGUGCCAAACUCCCAUUUUCCCACCCCCCUCAAACGAACGUUUAGUUGACUGAUGAGUUCAAAUCCCCCCGUCCAACAACAAAGACACACACACAAACUCACAAAGUCUCGACAGUUUCAUGUCGACAGCAUGCCGCCUCCUACACCCCCUUUGGAGAGGAGUGAUAUUAGAAGUUUUUUUGGGGGUGGGGCAGCAGCAGCCACUAUAAGUAAUGUAAAAAGAUGUCAAUGUUAUGGAAGUGGGGAUAACACCACUAAUGUUGCUACUGAGAGUCCAACCUGCAUUAGAGUUAGCAUAACAUUGUUUGUGCUAACCUGCUAAACUACUGUGGUCAGGCCAGCCUCCUCAAGGAACAACGAAGUCAAGCUAGCCGUCCCUUGUUUGGAUCAUUGUUUGCAUUAUUUGUAUUACGGUAAUAUCGUCCCUACCAAUCUUGAGACCAAACCUACGCCCUAGGAAAAUAAAAUUGUGCAUAAUAAAUACAAAGCGUAGUAGUGCAUGUCAUUUUUAAUGGGUGUUUACCUUCAUAUUGACAACAGAUAUUUUAAUAACCUUCGCUUGAGAUAUCAUGUCAUGUUUCUUUGUCGUAAAAGUCUGCAGGCCAGUUAAAUUGACGUUGCUAUAGAGCAGCGGUCACAAAUUUGAGGAAUGGUGGCCACUUGAGGCAUCUGGGACAUUAUUCUGGGUGAUUAGGGGUAUCCAUGUGACCACAAAUUUCUUCAUGUUCUGAAGAACCUUUAUUGUUUUAGUGUGUUUUAAUAAAGAUUGAGAAUAUGGGAUUAAUUGUACUUUUGUGGAAUCCUUGAUUGUAACUUGACGAAUAUCUCAUGGAGUCCCCUCUAAAAGCAUUGGAACGGCGAGGACAAUUCCUUUUUUUUUCCUGUAUAUUGAAGACAUUUGGGGUUUUAUUUAUUUUUUGUAUACUGAGGACAUUUGGGUUCAAGAGCAAAGAUGAAUAAGAGACCAAACUUCAGAAUGACAGAUUUUAUUUCUUAUUUUAUUACCUUACCUUGCUUUAACAUUAGUUCAUCAAAUAAUUCUUGUUUUUGGCAAGCAUGAAUAUUUUUUACAGCUUCAUGUUUCUUUCUGAUCCUGGUACCAAACGUUGACUCUUUCAUGCUUUGUUUAUAUAGUUACAUUUUAUAUAAUGCUACUUUGCUACAUUUUAAUACCAACUCUACAACAAAAAAGAGCUGCUAUAGGGAAUGUGGGAGUCACCUCUUCAAGGCUGAGACUGAGCUUCUACUCGGUCAUCUACACAGUUCUUGGAAGUCCAUGGAUCUACUGGGAUAUGUUCAUUCGAAGGUCUUCACACAUCACUAAAGUCACUGGACUAUACUGUAAGUUCACCCGUGAAUUAAUCAUUUUUGAGUGCACACUAGGAGCCUUGCAGAUAGUCUUUCUAUUUUUGCCCUCUUCUUACAAUCAACUCAAUUCAUGACUGCAGAUGGGGGUUUUGGAAGGUAGGUGAAAUCUGAACGCCUUCCACCUGCCCCCACCUCUUAUUUUCUGCAGGUAUUAAAUGAACAAUAACCAUCAUUCAUUCUCUGCAGUAUGGUAUUUUGGAAAGGUUCCCGACUGUUUUCAUUCCCCCUUACAGCUUGGGGAAGUCCUCCAAAGAUUGUUAAUGUAUGAUACACUUCAAUAGGACUGAAAUAACUAUUAUUGUCCUCAUUACCAGAUGCAGUUGUAGACUACUAGAAUUUUGUCAAUUCCCAAGGAUGAGAGCAUUUCUUUUCCCACAUUUGCCCAUAGCCUGCUUACAAAGUAUGACAAUGAACAAAAAUAUCCUCCAGGUUAAGUUCUCGUUUAAAGAAAAAGCAUGAAAGUCGACUCCAUCUUUGUCAGUCAUGUUGUUGUCUAAAAACAUAACAUAAUAACAUAACAUAAUUUUGUGUAUGUGAGUGUGUGUGUGUGUUAUCUAUAGGUACUCGGGUUUCCUCUCACAUGGAUUUUUAAUUGAUAUCUAAAUAGCCCAAAGGUGUGAACCUGAGUGAAUGCUUUAUAAGUGAACACCAAAGUAGAAAAUGCCCGUGCACCAGCGCUGUCAGCACAAUAGCGGCCUUGUCUGUGCAGACAGCUCCUGGUUCCAACCAACACCUCACUGAUGAGCUAAGUGACUGAAUAACAGAGUACUGUCUACGAUAACUUCACAUACUCCUCCCCUGCUUGAACAGUAGGCCUACUUACGCACUAGUGACACAUUCAACUGAAACAUGGCAGAUUUGAUCAUUCAAACACUUCCUAAACGAUCAAAUAUUGGAAACGUCAAACACAGGCAGAUAUACUGUAGCUAUAUUUGCAGUGUAUGAAUGUGCAUUUUACUACACACACUUCUUUUUAUACCUAGGCAGAAUUAAGUCCACAUAUUUGUUAGGGUCCAGGUUUUCCCCUUCAGACACCCUCAGAGUGCCUACUAUUUAAUUUCCCAUUAUACAGUAGGAAAAUGUCAUCCCGCAUUUUUUACAAUGUGGGAAGUCCAGGGGUGUCUUUCAUUCGUUUUCUAAUGCGCCCAAAUGAGCAGUUAUCCUCAUAUGAAGGCCUCAAAUUUAAUUUACUAAAAAUAGUGCCCUCUGUUGGACAACACUUAAACUGGCGUCUUCAAUGUAGGCUACUGUACGGAUACAGUACUAAUAAAAAAAAAGCUGCGUUUAGUCAUGAUGUCGAUCACAGCACGUUCAAUCAUUACGCAUUUAUAAAACGGAAUUUAUUUUCCAAUAAGUGAAAUAAAUCCAAACCUGUGGACAGCGCUAAAAGUUGCUGUUUCUUUAACCCUUUAUCAGUCUCUCAAAAUUUAACUAAUUGACGGCACUAGAUGUCCAAGGUUGACAGCGAUCAUUCCCUGCCAGUCCUCCCACUUUAUAUAAAUUUGGAUAUCUAUCCUUGUUAAUGGCAGGUAAUGAUUACAUACUAUGGAGGGGAAAAGCAACCUAAGAGUUAUUGAAACCCAUUUGUCUGUUAUUUUUUUAUUGUUUUUUUAGGCUACACUGUGUUAAAUUAUAUUUUUAAAAUGUAGUUAUAAAAAUAUAUUUAAAAAAAAAAAAUAAUUAUAAUAUUUAUAAUUGUAACCUGUUGUAGGCCACACAUGUAUAAUUUUCAAAUGUUAAUAUUGUGGUCUCAAAUGUGAUGUUAAUGUUUGUGGACGCCAGGUCUUUAUAUUGUUGUGUGUGUUUUUUUUAAUUGUUUAGCGUUGUUUUAAAUAACCAACAAUCAUCCCUUGGCGAAUAAAGGGUUAAAGUCAGCUGUCAGAUGUAGAGGAGAGAGCUCUUCCAAGAUGAAGCUCCCUAAAACAUUCCCACCAGAAUAAUGAAUAACGUUUGCUUUAAUUUAACCCUUUCAUACACGAAUUAUGACCUUUUUUUUUUAUCCUUGAGCUCUCAUUUAAUGCAUUGGCUACCAUUGACGGCGACAGACGUCCAAUCCAUUUUUCUUGGAGGGGCGAAUGAACGUUUUUUCAUUUGCCCUUUGUCAGUAGCAUAUGACGUGUUAAUGCUAUUUUUUUUAAAAAUCUACUUUGGAGUGUAUCUUUUUACUCAUUCAUAGACUUCACUAUCAGUUGACGGGGCUCGGUGCCGAUCUGUAGGGGCCUAUUUUCAAAAACAUAAAAUUCAAAUAUUUUCAAAACCAAAGCCGCUAGCGACCUAAAACCAAAACAGGCACCUCCCCUGGGCAUAAAAAAUUCGAAGUCGUUCCCUAAUAAAAUCCUGAUUAAUCAUUUUUUAUACAAGCAUAACAAAACUCUAAAAUUCUCAAAUUUUACGCUAGAUGCACAAAAAUCACCAAAUGCAGAGAUAAUAACCUAUAUUUUCAGGAUAAAUAGCAAUUUUUAACAUAUAAGUUUUUGCCCGAAAAAAGCAACUUUUACAUGAUUUUCAACAGUUAAUAAAUCACUCACUUUUCACAUCAGAAACUUAAUACUAGAGGAAAGCAUGCAGAAUCAUUUUCAUUUUACUCAACAAAGGCAAAAUUGGCAUUUUUCUAUAUACAAUCACAACUAAUUUAGGUUUAAUUCCAAUGUUAUUAUUGCCUCAGCACGGAGGCACGUCUUACCGGCUAUCUGGUUAUCAUCGUUUUUAGAUUGAAAUGUAACAUAAAAUAAAACAGGCAAAGUGAUUUUUUUGUAUUGACACAGAA